GUUUUGGGUGCGUAGAUAGGCAUUCGAUUAUUCCAAACCGGAGCGGUGUGUGGCCUGUCGAUGGGAUGGAUGUCCUGCUUUUGCCCAGACUAGCCUUCAAAGUGGUCAUCAUACUUCUGCAGGUCUUAUUUCUACUUUACGGUUUGUAUGCGGCGUAUGACAUCCGGCUGUAUCCCAUCAAGGACUUCGGCUAUAUCAUCCAUGAGUUUGAUCCGUGGUUCAACUACCGCGCGACUGAGUAUCUGGCCGAACAUGGCUUGUACAGGUUCCUGCAUUGGUUUGAUUAUGAGACUUGGUACCCCUUGGGGCGUCCGAUCGGAACGACGAUUUAUCCUGGCAUGCAGGUCACUGCCGUGGCUAUUUGGGAGGCCAUGAAGAAGAUCGGAGAAUUCAAAGUCGAAAGUCCAUCCUUUCUGUUGGCCUUGAGGCCGCUGAUCUCUUACCUGAAGAGCACUGGUUGGAGGUGGCUUCCUGCGAUCAAGCAGAGCUACGAGUUCACCCCCAUGAGCGUCAAUGACAUUUGCUGCAUGAUUCCACCUUGGUUCGGAAGCUAUGCGUCGCUUUUCACUGGCCUGCUGGCAUACGAGAUUUCGCGAAGCGUCAACGCGGGUGUCGCAACCACGCUGAUCAUGGCGGUGAUCCCUGCGCACCUCAUGAGGUCCGUGGGAGGUGAGUUCGACAACGAGGCGGUUGCAGUCACCGCCAUUUGCUCCACCUUCUGGCUGUGGGUCCUCAGUGUCCGCACCCCGAAGCACUGGCCCGUCAGCUUCUUGGCUGGCCUGUCAUACUUCUACAUGGUUGCUGCAUGGGGAGGUUACAUCUUCGUGAUCAACAUGAUUGGUUUGCACGCUGCCCUGCUGGUGGGGCUUGGCCGCUUCAAUUCAGGAGUGUACAAAGCUUAUUCCAUCUUCUACAUUGUGGGUACGGCAGGAGCGCUGCAAGUGCCAGUGGUGGGAAUGCAGCCCCUGCGCUCUGUGGAGCAGCUGGGGCCGCUCUUGGUGUUCCUGGGCUUCCAGGUGCUGGCCUUCUGUGAUUGGCAAAGGCGAAGGAGCAGCAUGGGGGCCUUUGAAUUUGCGAUCUUCCGCAUCAAGGUCAUGGCUCUUCUGGUUGGCGCGACCGUCCUGGUAUGCGCAGCUCUGUAUCCAACUGGGUACUUCGGUCCCAUCUCAUCACGAAUACGUGGGCUGUUCGUGAAGCAUACGAAGACCGGAAACCCAUUAGUCGACUCGGUGGCAGAGCACCAGCCAGCCAGCCCCUCCAUGUAUGCGAGCUACCUGAACCUUCCACUGGACUAUGUGCUCUUGGGCGGUCUGGUCAGCCUGUGGAAGCGAAACAACGGGUUUUGGCUGCUGUGCCUCUACGGCUUCAUCGCUCAGCAUUUCUCUGGCAAGAUGUCGCGCCUGGUGCUGAUUUGCGGGCCGGUGGUGUCAGUGGCCUGCGGGAUUUGGGUUGGCUUCCUGGUGGACCAGCUCGUUGAGCCUUUCUUGCUCCUCUUGGGCAAGAAAGGAUACACCGCGGAGAGCGAGGCCCCGAAGACCGAGAAGACCGAGAAGACCGAGAAGACCGAGAAAAGCGAGAAAAGUGACAAGAAUGAGAAGAAGGGCGCCAAGGCAAAGAAGGCAGCAAAGAAGAGCACCACGGCUGUGGACAUUGACUGGACGCUGGAGGAGUAUGAGGAGGACCGGCGGCCAGGGGGCGCCAACCAAAUACUACGGCUUUUGCAAGGCUAUGUGUACAAGGCCAUCCCCGAGGAGAAUAUCGCGACUUACCGCGAGAUCCGCACGAUGAUGGACAACAACUACACGCUGAUCUUGAGCCGUGCGGCAGCGUCCGUCGUGCUUCUGCUGUACGUCAUCUAUGGCAGCUCCCUGUCGGUGAAGGUGCCCACUUUCCUGUCGCACUGCGAUCAGGUGGCCAGGUCCCUCUCCAACCCUCAGGUGGUCUUCAUGUCGCGGGACAAGCGAGGGAACAGCUUCAUUGUAGAUGACUACCUGAAAGGCUAUCAGUGGAUUGAUGAGAAUACGCCCAAAGAUGCGAGGGUCAUGGCGUGGUGGGACUAUGGCUACCAAAUCACGGGCAUUGCCAAGCGGACCUCCAUCGCAGAUGGCAACACCUGGAACCACGAGCACAUCGCCACAUUGGGCCGAACACUGACCAGCAGUGAGAAGAAGGCCCACAAUGCCAUCCGCCACUUGGCCGACUACGUGUUGGUUUGGGCUGGCGGCGGCGGCGAUGACCUGGCAAAGUCACCCCACUUGGCUAGGAUUGGCAAUUCCGUCUUCCCAGACCACUGUGGAGAUGAUGAUCCGAAGUGCAACAAGUUCAGUUUCUAUUCCGACUAUUCACCGACUCCAAUGAUGGCACGCUCUCUCUUGUACAAGCUCUGCCAGCACAGAGUGAGCCCCGGCGUGAGGGUGAAUGAGAAUCUCUUCAAGGAGGUUCACACCACCAAGCACGGGCUGAUGCGAAUCUACCAAGUCAUGAACGUGUCAGAAGAGAGCAGGGAAUGGGCCAUUGGCGCAGCCGGCGGCGGCAAGCCCAAGUUGAGUUUCUUUGGGCACCUGGCGUUGCUGGCGCGUCUUCUGGGUCGGCCCCGGCCGGUGACGGGGAUUCGGAGGGCCCGGCUGUCUCCCUGGCGGUUUCGGCGCGAUCUGCGGCGGCGAGGGACUUGGCCGCGCAGCACUUUGAGGCCGAGAGCGCGGACUUCGCCCGGGCGGAGGCGCUGCGGGCCUUCGCCGGGGCGGCGCGCCCGGUGCUGCGGCGCCUCAGCGACUGGGGCGACGAGGGCGCGUGGCGCCUGGUGGCGGCGUCCUUCGUGGUGGCCGAGGGCGACUGCGAGGAGGACGCCGCCAAGUUCCACGUGGACUUCGGGCCGCCGCGCAUCCCCCGGGGCGCCGCCGCCACGGCGCUGUUGCCGCUCCACCCGGGUGUCUUCCCCUUGGAGGGGAAUUUGGAGAUCAGACCCUGGGAUGAGGCCAUCUCGGCCGUGUACAACUACAAAGCAGGCAGAGCUAUUGUGUUUGAUGGGAAGCUGUCUCAUCGAACGCAGCCUUUCAGAAUUGCAGCGUUUAGAGGUGAUGACCCUUCUGCGCUGCAGGGGCGCAGGGUGCUCGCUUCCAUGAGCUUUGCCCGAGAUGGGCGCAGCUGGGAGGAAGCAGUGAACCAGGUGAUCGCGGGUUAUGGCGCUCCAGUGCCGAGG